CGCAACUCCAAAACCGAAGAUUUAGUACUCUCAUGUACCCUUUUAUGUCAAUAUGUACAGAGCCGGGAAUAUCGGACCCGAAAGGGAGCUAAAUCAUUGGGCACUCGAAGCGUCUCACUGCAGUGUAAUCAAGCAUGCGCUUACGGCCAUGCGCCUGUGCUUACAGUGUCCGGAGCCCACUUGUGAUGGAUAUAGACUCACCUUGCCGGUUUUGUUGGCACUCAUAUCUCAACGAGUAUCAAGAGUUGUAUGUUUACUCAACACUGUUAAGCGACAUUGAGAUAGUCACAUCUCCACCAUGAUAAACGUCUUUAUCGUUCUAGCAGCUCUCUACUCUCUUUAUUUCUUUGGGUGUGCAAUUUGGAAUAUAUACUACCAUCCGCUACAAAAGAUUCCUGGACCCAAACUAUGGAUUGCCUUUCCUAUCUUCCGCCACAUCUCCCUCGUUAGAGGACAACUCGAAACUGAUAUCAAGGCCUUCCACGGCAAAUACGGCAAGGUCGUGCGUUUCUCAACAGCUGAGGUCUCCUUCAUCACCGCCAAGGCCUGGCGUGAAAUUUACAAUGACCUGCCCAAGGCAGAACUGUCGACCAAUGUUCCAUUAGGUAUCAACAAUGCCAAUGAUAAGAACCAUCGCCGCUACCGCAAAGCGCUGGCGCAUUCCUUCUCCACCAAAGCUCUGACCACCCAGGAGCCCGUUCUGAUCGAAUAUACGGACAAGUUGAUAAAAAGGCUGAAAGGCUUCGCCGAGUCGCAAAGACCCGCAGACAUGGUCAAGUGGUAUAACUCAACGACGUUUGACCUAAUCGGCGAUCUCGCGUUCGGAGUGUCGUUUGGAAACUUGGACACAGACGGGUACCACUUCUGGGUGUCCAAUGUCUUCCAGGCGGUUCGGGGUAUAGUCAUGGGUACCAUAAAGGAUGCCUAUCCAGUGCUGUUCAAGUUGUUUAGUUUCGCUUUUGGUCUCGACCGUUUCUCGGAUGCGCGAGCAAGGCAAUUAGAAUACAGCAGCUCCACCAUGCAAAAACGCCUGGCACACAAGAAACCUCGCGACUUGGUCGAUUUUAUGGAUGGUUUUCUGCGGUCGAAGGAUAAUAUAACUGUAGAGGAAAUGGAAGCCAAUGCCAAUCUAUUGAUCAUUGCCGGAAGCGAUACAACAGCAACCUUGCUCUCUGGUACGACCUACUACCUGCUCAGGACGCCGCGUGCGCUGGAAAAAGCCACGCAAGAGGUCCGCUCUGCUUUCAAGUCGGAAUCCGAGAUCAAUUUUCUGAAUACCACUGCGCGGCUGCCGUACAUGGUCGCCUGUCUUAAUGAAGGUAUGCGAAUGUACCCUCCUGUUCCGUCUAUUCUGCAGCGUGUAGCCGUUUCUGCCGAGCCUAUCGAGAUAUCAGGAUAUUAUAUAUCUCAGGGGACAAAAGUAGGCGUCCACCAAUUUGCCGCUAAUACAUCUCCUAUAAACUUCUACAACCCGGGCAACUUUAUCCCCGAGCGCUGGCUCCCAGAGAUCAAGAAAGACCCAUCCUCCCCAUUCUACAAUGACAGCCGCGACGUGUGUCAGGUAUUCUCAUACGGGCCGAGAGACUGCAUUGGAAAGAAUCUGGCCUACGCCGAAAUGCGUGUAAUUCUGGCGCGCAUGCUCUGGAAUUUCGACUUGAAGAUUUGCGAGGAGAGCAAUAAUUGGAAUAAGCAGCGUACCUUUACCUUGUGGGAGAAGUCGCCGUUGAUGGUCCAGUUGAGGCUUAGGGGGGGGGGUUGAAAAGCGUUGGGUUGGUUGAAUUGGUAGAAGUAGAACUGUGGAUUCACUGUUAUGGUUCGAGUCUGUGUUUAUUCACUGGAAUCUUCUAUCUUUGUUUCUUGGUACUUUCUAUCUCUUGCCUUCUUCUUCUCUUUCUUUUCUUUUCCCCUAUUCUUCCUACAUUCAUCCAUAUUCCACCUACAAAAAGUCCGACUUCUUCACAGUCAAUCAUGAUGUAUCAGGCAGUACACUCUUUUUAAUAGACCAAACAUGGCGUUAGAUGAAAGCCAAUUAUAAUAAUGCUCUAAUAGCACGUGAAAAAGGUCCGGCGAC